AUGGAGUAUCUGAAUAUCUUAAAGACGAUAAAGUGUUUGGACACGUAUAAGUUCAAAGGAGGAAUCAACACGUUUGAGGCAGAAGAGUGGAUGCACAUGAUGGAGACAAACUUUGAAGCAAUGAUCUGUCCAGACAAAUACAAGAAGAGAGUGGCGGUUUACUAUCCACAAGGAGAUGCUCGUAACUGGUGGGAAAGCGUGGAAUGUCAACAUGGAAAUCAUAUUACAUCUUGGGAUGUAUUUCAGAAGGAGUUCAGAAGGAAGUACUUUCCACCCGAGGCAAGACAUCGAUUGGAGAGGCAGUUCAUCAAUCUUACCCAAGGGGAUAGGACAAUACGGGAGUAUGAAGCAGGAUUCACAAGUCUUCGUCGCUAUGUAUUUAACGGCCCGGAGGACGAAGCAACAAUGAUCCGAAACUUCAUGUUUGGAUUGCAAUCUGAACUAGGUAGCAGACUCGCGGCAUGCAACUAUAGAAAUCUCACAGACUUAGUCGAGAGGGCCGUAAAUGUGGAAGUUGCGGUAGCAGUAGAAGCCAAGAAUGAAUCAAAAAGAAAAGGCGUUAGUGGCCAGAAGGGAAAACAGAUAGUUCAGUUCAAGGAUUCCAGUAAGCUAGACCUAUCCAGGAAAAGAAGCCAUGACUCAAAAUCUUGGAAUGGAAACCAAGGAUGUUUUUAUUGUGGAGAGGUUGGUCACAUUGCUCGACACUGCGUGGCAGAGCAAGCAGCAUUAGCCGAAGAACAUCCCCCACUUGCCCUACUGGAAGACAGACCCCCGAGAAAGAGAAGGAAUAGGAUCUAG